GAGCAGUCAUUCUCAAAGUGGGCGAUAACGCCCCCUAGUGGGCGUUGGUAGUAUUUAGGGGGGUGGUAGAAUGCCCAAAGAAAUUUUGGGGGCGUUGAGUUGGAUUUAGGGGGCGAUAGCUGAUUAAGCCUAAUAUAUAUCUAGAAUCUAGAUAUAUAUAAAAAAUAAAAAUUAAAAAAAAAAUAAAAUUAUAUUAAAGCCAAAUACUACUCACUCACUGAUCGCGAAUUAACUUAUAAUAUGAUGCUAAUGAUUUACCACCAAUACGUAUUGUGCGACGUGGCGGGCCACAGGUUUUUAGCUAUUAUCGUGUAGAUAUAAAUAGUUCCUAGAAGUUUUUCGUCGUCUCCCGUAAAUAAUAAUGAUUAGCGUUAUCGAAACGGCGACAAUAGCUGAUAAUUUAGUAUUUAUUAUUACACUACGUCCAAUACACAAUGUAUACUCAGGCUUCGGUUAUUUGAACAUUUUAGUUUACGAUUUGGUGUCGCUUCGUGCUGGCCGUAUUGUGUUUUGAUUGCUCGUAUAAAAUACCUAGGAAGUAAAAAAUAUGUCGGAAGCAAAAAAGAAAAAAAGACAAUACAGUGCGGAAUACAUUAAAUACGGAUUUAUUCAAAGUCGGACAAAUCCAUCAUCGCCAAUGUGCCUUAUUUGUCAAAAAACAUUUUCAAACGAAGCAAUGAAGCCUUCUAGACUAAACGAUCAUUUAAAUAAAAUGCAUCCAGACAUGAAAGGCAAAGAUGUCACCUAUUUUCAAAAUAUGGAAAAAAAAUACCUAGCUCAACCUACUGUAUCGACACUUUUUUCUGCUGCUUCCAAACAAGAAAAUGAUGGACUUCGCGCAUCGUACAAUAUAUCAUUGUUAAUUGCUAAAACAGGCAAACCUCAUACCAUUGGGGAAGACUUAAUUCUACCGGCAGUAAAAGAAGUAAUAACAACUGUGCUCCAUAAACCAGCGGCAGAUAUUAUCCGAAAAAUUCCUUUGAGCAAUAGUUCUGAACAACGAAGAAUUGAUGAAAUGGCGGAAAAUAUUGAAGAAUCAUUGUGUAAUCACCUGAAGACUUGUCAAUUUUCAGUUCAAUUGGAUGAGUCCACUUUACCAACUAAUGAAGCAUUAUUGUUAUCAUACGUGAGGUUUAUAAAAAAUGAGAAAAUAUGUCAAGAACUAUUAUUUGCGAGAAAUUUAGAGACAUAUACAAAAGGAGAAACAAUAUUUAAUACACUGGAAAAGUUUUGUGAUGAAAAGCAAAUUCCCCUGAAGAAUAUUAUGUCAAUUGCUACUGAUGGUGCUCCAGCUAUGACAGGGCGUCACAAGGGCUUCAUAGCUUAUUUAAAAAAUAAAGUUCCUGACGUGCUUGCCAUACAUUGCGUCAUUCAUCGCCAGCAUUUAGUUGCGAGAAAUCUGAGUGAACGCCUUCAUACAUCACUGCAUUAUGUUAUUAAAGCCGUUAAUAAAAUCAGAAGCAACUCAUUAAAUGACAGAUUAUUUAGUCAACUUUGUGUUGCUAAUGAUGAAGAUUUCAACCGGUUGCUGCUUCAUACAGAAGUACGCUGGCUCUCAAAAGGUACUUGUCUGACUCGGUUUUAUAAUUUGUUUGACUCUGUGAUAGAGUUCCUGAAAAACAAAGAAACAGGACUUCACGAUAACCUCAUCACUUCAAAGAAUGAUAUUGCGUACUUGACAGAUCUCUAUAAGUUAUUUAAUGAUGUAAAUCUCCAACUUCAAGGUGACGACUUGAACUUAAUUAAAACAAAAACUGUCAUUGCUACAUUUGUUGCUAAACUGCUAUUCUACAAGAGAAAUAUUGGUAGACGUGAAUUUAAUAACUUUCCUAAUUUAUCAGCAGCUCCUUUUAUCAAUGACGACUUGGUUGUUUACUGCCAACACUUGGAGAACUUACACAGUGAUUUCAAAGAACGAUUCCAGGACAUUUUAAACAUGGAUAUACCCAACUGGGUAUUAGAUCCAUUUUCAAAUGUCAACACAGCAGAAUCAUCCCAGAUAGAAGAACAACUUUUAGAAUUGACCACGAAUGAAGAAAUCAAAUUUAAAUUCAAGAAUGGCUAUCAAGAAUUUUGGCUGCAAAAGCCAAUCAUGCAACUCUACCCUAGUUUAUGGUCAAUUGUUCAACGAUUUCUGAUACCAUUCCCUUCAUCAUAUUUGUCUGAACGUGGAUUCAGUGCCGUAACAACACUAGUAACAAAAAAAAGAAAUCGGGGGGCCUAA